UUUGGUGUGGAUGGUUUCCGGCACCGUCUUGGGGAUAAACCCUACAUCGUCAGCGUGGAAGUCGCUCCGUUCCCUUCCCUCGGAGUCAAGAGACCGAUUUGAAAGCGAUUCGGCCAUCUGAAGCUUCAUUACAGGAAGAUUGGAGCUUAAAGAUGUCGGAAGUCAGUGCGGGCUCUGAAAUACCAGCCAAUGUGACCAUCUACAUCAACAACCUUAAUGAGAAGAUUAAGCUUGAUGAGCUGAAGAAGUCGUUGCACGCUGUUUUCUCCCAGUUCGGCAAGAUACUGGAGGUGUUAGCUUUCAAGACUCUCAAGCACAAAGGUCAAGCCUGGGUUGUGUUUGAGGACGUAUCCUCUGCUUCCAAUGCGCUUAGGCAAAUGCAAGGUUUCCCCUUUUAUGAUAAGCCCAUGAGAAUACAGUAUGCAAAGACUAAAUCAGAUAUAAUAGCAAAAGCAGAUGGCACUUUUGUUCCCAGAGAGAAACGCAAGAGGCAUGAUGACAAAGGCAAAAAAAGGAAGGACCAACAUGAUGCAAAUCAAGCAGGAAUGGGAAUCAAUCCUGCAUAUGGUGGUACAUAUGGUGCAACGCCUCCUAUAUCUUAUCCAGGUGGUGCAAAAUCUAUGGCUCCUGAAGCUCCUGCACCGCCAAAUAAUAUUCUCUUCGUUCAGAACCUUCCCACUGAGACAACUCCCAUGAUGUUGCAAAUGCUCUUUCUUCAAUAUCCUGGUUUCAAGGAAGUUAGAAUGGUGGAAACAAAACCAGGGAUUGCCUUUGUUGAGUAUGGGGACGAGAUGCAAUCCACGGUGGCAAUGCAGGCUCUACAAGGCUUCAAGAUAACCCCGCAGAACCCUAUGUUGAUAACUUACGCCAAAAAAUAAGAUUUUGUGCGUUCGGAUUUUGCUAGAGAAAGGCCACCGCCAUAGGUCUAAUCUACAACUUGAACUCAGUUACCCGCCGAAUGCAAGUCUGUAUCUUUGCUGUAUCCCUAAAAAUGUCGUGGUUCCUGUAUGAAUGUUGUUAAGAGUAAUUUGAUCAUUUUUGCGGUUA